GACGUGCGAGGGGCUACGUUCAUAAACAACAACGUUCAUACGGAGUUGGUUUUAAUUAAUCUUGACCAAAAUAAACUGCCAUAAAAUGAAUAAGCUAGUUUUAGCAUACUUUUUAAUAAUAAUAAAUAACAUUAAUUGUAGAACCGAAGAAGACGAAGGGAUUAAAUACGCAAAUAGAUGUGAAGUUUGUAAAAUCUUAGCUGUAGAAUUAGAAAAUCGUUUAGAAGAGACGGGAAAAUCUCACGAUGUGAUAGAAACGGGGUACGCCGUCGACGACGUCAAACCAAAGAAAAAGAAAGAAUACAAAAAAUCCGAAUUAAGACUGGUGGAAUCAUUAGAAGGAAUUUGCGAGAAAAUUUUAGAGUACAACAUACAUAAAGAGCGAACUGAUAGUACGCGAUUCGCGAAAGGAAUGAGUCAAACUUUCCAAGCUUUGCAUGGACUUGUUGAUAAAGGGGUUAAAGUUGAGCUUGGGAUUCCUUAUGAGCUUUGGGAUAAACCAAGCGCUGAAAUAACCAACAUGAAGACCCAAUGUGAAACAAUGCUGGAACAAAAUGAGGGGGACAUAGAAGAUUGGUACUUUAAUUUGCAAGGGAAAGUGCCCCUAAAACACUAUUUAUGCGCUGACAGAGUACUUGAUGAAGAAGAAUCAUCAUGUUUAAGUGAAAAAUUAAAAGGAGAUAGUGGAAAAAACGUUAAAAAGAAUAAAUCUGAGCUAUAAUAACCUUUUUUAAUCAAUAAAUUUACAAAGAACUACUUAAUUUGUUUAUUUAUUUUUAAGGAAACGGU